CUUAUUGUAAACAGUGUCUCUGCAUCUGUCGUGGUUACAACUCGUAAAUUAACAUUUAUUAUUUAACUCAGUCCAGCGGAGAAUUAUAUAAAUAACCUUUUACGAUAAUAAUUUUAAUAAAUAAUAACAAAGAUAAUGAAAAUAAUAGGAUCCGCGAUAAUUUUCACGGUCUGUUUGCGUUUGGCGGCCAGUAUUCGAUGCUACGAAUGCAACAGUUCAAACAACUCCAUGUGUCUGGACCCCACCAUAUACGACCAGGAGACAGUCAAAAACUUCCUGAGGUCCACCGACUGCGAGCAGGGCGUCUUUUCAGCGAGACACAAGGAGUUCUUUUGCAGGAAAAUCAUACAAACUAUUCUUCAUAAGAAUCACGACUCGGAGGUGCGGGUCACACGUGGAUGCGGCUGGGUGCGACACCACCGUGACUGCUAUAAGGCGGACAACGAGGAUCACCUGGAGACAGUGUGCCAGUGCUUCAGCGACCACUGCAACCGCGGCGCCGUCCUCGCCGGCCGCCUGACCGGGCCACUACUGGCCACAAUCAGCGUUCUAGUUUCGAAAUUUUAAUAAAUAAAUGUUUUAAUGAAUGAG